AUGCAACUGGGACCUUUAGACAUCAGAGUCACCAUCACCGAGUCCAUCAGUUUUGGCUUCGCCAGUGCUUGGCAGCGCUGGCACAGCCGUGCGUCGAGCCUCUGGACUGCUGGCCAGGUCAAGGAGUGGACACUUGCGGAGAUCCGCAUCAGCAGAGAUGUCAUUGAACAAGUGCUAUGCUCAAAGGGCCUGGCAUCUUCAGCGCUGCGCCUCAUAGUGACGCAGUCCACUCUGGACAACCUCUUCUGCGAAUCCAUCACAGUAUGCCAGCCGGCAGUGCGACGCAGGUAUGAUGUCAUUCAUGACAUGCGGCGGAGACUCAACAAUGGACCUUUGCCACUGAAUGCAGCCGAUAGCAAGCGUUCUAUCCUCAAGCAGUGGUGGCGAGCUCAUGCCUCGAUCCUCGACUUAAUACGCCCUGGCCCGGAGCAGCGCGCCAUGAACGCUAUAAGGCUCGCAACCAUGGAGAAGGCUGAGAUGGACGCGCUGCGAGUGCACGAGUCGGAGCUAGAGCGCCUGCAGCAGGUGGGUACUCCGCUGUCCUCGCCGCAUGCAAGCAGGACCAACCUGGCACUCUGUGGCGGCUCGCGCUCCAGCUCGGUCGAGGACAUGAGCUCGGGCGCCUCAUCGCCCGCGCUUGGUGCCUCGGCAGAUCCAAGCGUCACCAAUCUGGCAACUUUGGGCGAGGAGCCAGAGUAUACGAGGGGAGUUUCAGAGGGCAGUUUCGACCCUACGAGUAUCGUGUUCAAUCAGGAAUCGUUUGGGCCCACCUGGCAGCAGAGCUGA